AUGUCGUUCCAGGCUACGCCAGCGCGCUCAUCGCGCAUCACCAAACCAAGGAGAACAAGCGCCGCUGCUACACUAGGGCUGAAGCGAUCCACGUCCUCACCAUCCAAAGCUAGUCCACGGAAGCGGUCCUUACCAUCUGAGCAAUCUAUCCAGUACGACGACGAUGAAGAGUUGGACGAUACGGGCAUUAUAGCAUCACUUGCCGAUGAUCUCAACCUUCGCGAUGUUCCCCAGUAUAUGGAGUACAUCCGCAACCCACACAUUGACGCGCUGAGCGCUUCAUCCACGAGGAUCGAACGGGAAAUUGCGGAGCUUGCACAAGCAGGCAUCGUGCGGCGCGUAACAAUCCCAAAUCGCGGUGCUGGUGCAGCAGCCGUUGGUGAUGCCUUCAAACCAGCUGAGCUCUCCGCCUUGACCGGCGUAGGCCUCCUCACAUCAGUUAAUCUCACAUCGACUUCAUCAUACUUUGGAUCUCCAGGCUCCAGUUCUCUGACGGCAAUAUCGUCAUCCGGUUCGCGCCAUUUUGCAGGCUCAUUGGAAGCCGUAGGCGGCGCUUCAGCAACCCAACACAUUCAUGGCGGCACAUCACUCAACUCUUCUCGAGCAACGCUAACCUCUUACAACUUCUCCCUCCCAAACACCGGCACGCACAUCAAACUCCUCGUUGAAGCACGAAACCAUCUUCUUGGCAUCUUGAAGAAGACCAAGUACAAAGAGAUGCCACUCGACAUCCUGAAAGAGAAAUGGGAUGGCGGUGUUGUGGUGCAUGGCGAGCGCGAAGACAGGAAGAAGGCAAGGGGAGAGUUCGCAGGCGUGUUACCUGGGCGCACAAAGAAGUGGAAGACAUUCUACGGCAUGCGCUUCGAAUGGAUUCUCGAAGAGUGCUUAGGGGCUGGUCUAGUUGAAUUAUUCGAGACUGGCAGUGUCGGCAGAGCAGUUCGAGCAACGAGAUAA